GCGGGGCGGAGUCGCGCGGAACGUGACGUUUCAAACCUGCGCGCCCCCCUCGAGCGCACAGACCGGCGUGGUCUCAGGGACGUUUGGACUCGGGCCUGUGCAGAUGCAGCAGCUGGGAGUCCAGAGCUUCGCCCUGCCCCCGCUGGGUUGACCCACAGCUCAAUAGGAGUUGCAGAGGGGAAUCAAUGGAUUCAGGAAGCAGUAGGAAUUUGGAGAAUACAGUGAAUAGGGACUGUCCUGACCAGCUUCUCCCAAAGAUAAACACAAACAAGAAAAUGUCUACCUUAGCAAGCCAGCCACGCAUCCUGGAAACAUCACAAGAAGUUAAGAAAAGUUGUGGAGAUAAACAGGUAGAAAUCACAGUGGAAAGAAUAAAAAUGACAAAGAGCAUCAAAGAAAAACAUAGCAAUGAUUUAGAGAAAGUGGCUUUUAAAAGAAAGGCAGAAAAUGAAGAAAAGCCAGCUGGAAAGAAAGAGGCAAAGAUAACGGAACUUGACAGCACAUUGAUCACCAUGCCUCUGCCUCACAUCCCCUUAAAAAAUAUCAUGGAUGUGGAGGCGAAGUUGGUCUACGUCGAUGAAGAGGAUGUGAGCUAUGAGUUUGUAGAGUCCUUCGUGUCUACUGGGAUUCGACCAUCAUGCCAAGCUGCUGAAAUUGUAGACCCUCUGCAUGUACCUAAUUUCAGCCUCCUGCCUCAGAUUGACAAAUGGCUUCAGUUAGCCUUAAAGGAUGCCAGCUCUUGCUACAGACAAAAGAAAUACGCCGUGGCAGCAGGACAGUUCAGAACAGCAUUGGAGCUUUGUAGCAAAGGGGCAGCUCUGGGAAAACCAUUUGAAGCAUCUGCUGAAGAUAUAGCAAGUGUGGCAAGUUUCAUUGAGACAAAGCUUGUUACAUGCUAUCUACGCAUGAGGAAACCCGACCUUGCCCUAAAUCAUGCACACAGGAGUAUUGUUUUAAACCCAGCUUAUUUCCGAAAUCAUCUUCGCCAGGCAACAGUGUUUAGAUGUCUGGAGAGAUAUUCAGAAGCUGCUCGGAGUGCCAUGAUUGCUGACUACAUGUUCUGGCUCUGUGGAGGAAGUGAACAGUGUAUAAGCAAGCUCAUCAAACUGUAUUGGCAGGCCAUGAUUGAAGAAGCCAUCACCAGAGCAGAAUCUUUCUCAGUUAUGUAUACACCAUUUGCAACAAAAAUCAGAGCUGAUAAAAUAGAAAAAGUAAGAGAGGUUUUCACAAAAACUCAUCCUGCAUAUGUGGAAUACAUCUACACAGAUCUUCAAGGAGUCCACAUGUUGCCUCAGACAGCUGACUGGUCAUCUUUUCCUCCCCAACAAUACCUCUUGACUCUUGGGUUCAAAAACAAAGAAGAUGGAAAAUUUUUGGAAAAACUAUCAAGUAGGAAGCUGCCUACAUUUACAGAACAUAAAACUCCCUUCGGUCUGCUGACCAAAGAAGACACAGUGAGGCACAUGGAGACAAUGGGGAAGCGGAUCUUGCCAAUACUGGAUUUUAUUAGAAGCACCCAAUUGAAUGUUAACUCUAUGGGAAAUGGAAUCUUCCAAAAUAGUUUUUAGAAGAUUAUCUCAAAUAUGGAUGCAAUGGAGUUGAAGCAAGUGAGCCAGAAGGUACCCAGGAACCACAAGUAUAUCCAAAUAUUGGCCUCUAGGCUUUUUCUUGUAUGUCCAACUACAGCUUCAUAAAGCAGGACUGAAUAAAAUUGGCUGCGAAGGUAACCUAGCUUAAUGAAGCAAGUAAUGAGUUGGUAAGUAGAAAUUAUUGCUACAUUGUGCCAUUAACUGUGACCCAAGAAACACACAACAGUGUUUUUAAAAUUCCCUGAAGUAUGUGUUUUUUUUCUUGUCACAUAUCAAAUGCUGUCCACUUGAAUGUUUAGGUAUUGCAUUGUUCAUAUUAGUUGUUACCCUCACUUGUGACACCUACAGAUGAAGACUUUGGUCCAAGGCUAUGCUUUGUGUAACCCUAGGGCAAGUCGCUUAACCUCUGAGCUUUUUUUCUCAUUUAUUAAAUAAGCUGAUAUCUGCCAGGCCCACCUCACAGAGUUGUUGGAGACCAAAAGUACAUAAUCCAUGUUGAAACACUUUGUAAAGCAGUACAAAUUUCAGGAUUUUAAAUUAUUUGUAUUGGUUUUAGUUUGUUUUGACAAAGGACAGUUUGAUAGACCUUUGUUUUUCUUUAUGCAGGCUGUAUACUUGGAAAUUAUAUGUUCCUCUAAAAUGAUUGUGUGAGUGUCCUACAGAUUUCUAACUUUUUUCCUUAGAUCACUAAUGUGCUCAGAUCUAUUCACAAAGGCAGGAUUAGAAGUGUCAUCUCCAGCCAUGGAGUGAAUCUACUCACCAUAGUAGGGCUUCCCAGGGAACAUGAAUUUUCAUCUCUUGCCACGAGACGGUAGAAGGAGACAAGGACAUUCCUGGUUUUCUGUGUGUCAGGCAAUGAUUCUCCUUACACUCUGACCCCAGUUUCCUUAUCUUUAUAGAUUCCUUUACUAGGCAUACAACAAUAACACAUGGCCAAACAAGAAUGAUUCUGGUACCGUAAGAGUUAUAAUCUAAAAUAUUCUACCACCUUCCUACCCGGUGGCUCUUAAUCCCAUUUAACAUCAACCCCACUCAACCAGUAGCUCUGCUCUAAUGGUAUUUUUCCUUCUCUGGAUCCUUGUCCUAAUUAUUUCACAUGCUACCAUAUGCCAUUGUGCUUUUCCAUUCAUUAAUUUUAUUGGCUGCUGUCAGUUUCAAACCUUAUGUACUGUGCUUCCUGGGCUAAAUGUUAAAGAGUUAAAAUAAUAAAAUCUCUCGCCAUGCAUGAAGCCUUCUUCACAGCCUGACUUGCCAAAAAAUGACCUAACCAUGUUUUAAUACCUCAUUAAUUUUACUUUUAAUUUCCUCCAAGUGAAGCAUAAAAAACGUUUACAUAUACACAUUUGAAAUGAACAAUGAUAUGCGUUUUCUACCCCUUUUUUGCAAUUAAUGAUUCUACACGUAUGUCAAAUGGAAAUAUAUUUACUUGGGUUCUGCUUUCUAAUGGUAUUAUAUAGUACCACUUACUUGCCAAACAUUUAACCAUACCUGCUGUUAAAUCUAGGCAAUUCUCAGACUGAAGCUUUCAUUUGCACUUGAUAUUUACCUAACCUUCAUUGUACCUGUAUGAGGUUUUAGCUUCAGUCUUGGCCACUUUAUUACACUCUUUCCAGCAGCUAAGGACACUUUUGAUCACUCCUGAAGUCUCAUUGGGAGGGCUACUUUCCCUUUAGAUUUAGCUUUUGGUAACAUUAGAUGUUUAACCUAAUUCCUUCAUGUUUCAUUAUUUCCUUUAUUUUCUUAAAGAAACAGCAUUAAAACAUUCCUCCUGGCGUUAGAUAUCAAUUUGUAUCUCUUUUUCACUAUGUCUCUCAAAAACCCGCAUCUUGUAUAGGUAAAAUAUUAACUUAUAGUCCCCUGAUAACUAAAUUGCAUUGGCUUAAGGUAGUGGGGGAGGAUAAGUAACGAUUAGCAGUCAACUAUGCUCUCUCCCUAGAAUCUGAUUCGUAUGGAGCGCUUCCUGUUUUGUUAUGCAUCCAACAAUCAAGCUAACAAAGCACCAUUGCCUUCCACUAUUUUUAUUUUCCUGAUGUUUUGGAAAAUUACACUGAUAGAUUAUGUUCCUGAGCAGACUGCUGUUGUUUCUGCUCUUUGGAGUUGAGUCACUACACCACUUUCCUACAAUGAGCCCCAUUGUUUAUUUUAAAGAAGAACAAAGAAAGCAAUUUUUCUUCAGAAAGAAAACAGUUUCUCCUGCAACUUGCUUUCCUCUAUUUGACAGUGUCCCAUUGUUUAGCUACAUGUUUAAACUAAAUGGGUAAGCUAGCUAUUUUGUCAAGUCAGAGAAGGGAUCCCAAAUCCACAAUUGCAAUCAUCACUCCUAUAGGCUCACAGGUUUUCAGAUAAAUGAUUAAUCAGGAAAAACAAAUUAGCAGAGAUAGAAGGGCAUUAGUCAAAUGGCACAGAUAAGUGUUAGGGAGGCAUAUACAGCAUAUACAAUGUAAUGCUCCUCAACCUUCCUACACUACCAAGAUGCUAGAAGAGUGCCAACUUCUAGAGGUCAGUGUCCAUCAAAACACGAAUGUGACAUUUCAGAAAGAACUGCUUUCCACAUGCAAGUUGAAAUUCAGAUGCUCUUUAGUAAUGCUAGUUUCUAAUAAUUUUUCUUUUUAGAAGAGAUUCUGUUUUAAGAAGAAAAAAUCAUGUCUGCCUUCUCUAAUGUCUGGAGAGAAAAAUCUGUUCUAUAAACAUAUACAAACUAAAAUAGUCUUUGUUCAAAUAUUGGGCUUUAAAAUGGUGGUUUGUUCAACUUCAACUUGAGAUAUUUGAAUAUGGGGAGGGAACCUAGCUAAAAAUCAUAUUUCUAGGGCAACAUAUCAAGAGAUAGUGAUUCACCUUGUAAGGCCCAGUACUCUGCACAGUUAACAAAACCUCAUGAUUCCUGUACAGGUGGUCAAGGAGGAACCCUGUUAUAAAGGAACACCAGUCAUCCAGACUUCCUCUUCUGAGCACCAGAAUGUGGAAUGCAGCUGCCAAACUAUAUCUUCCUGUGACUUCCCACUUCUUAUCACCCUCCAAACACAGCAGAAACUCAAAGCUUUUCUAUUAACCCUUAGAUACCCCUCUGUCCCCUUUUUCCUAAAUAUAAAUGAGAAUUUUGUGAUGUUUUA